AGUCACCUCGAAGAGCGCCGCGCACACCCACCUCGAGCCUCGUGGUACCCUCUGAUUGUCUGCUCAAGCAAGGACCCUGCUUCACCAGCAAAGAGGACUUGGACGCCGCACCCUCGCCUUCAGCCGCCUCGACGAGCGUUGCCCAGCAUGGCGAGCGCAGCGCACGGCCUCUCGACCAACGAGGCGCUCUCUGGCAUCUUUGGCAGCAUCAGCAUCACAUCCUGGAUCUGCUUGCUCAUUCCCCAACUCAUCACAAACUACAAGACCAAGAGCGCCGAUGGGCUGUCCAUGCUCUUUCUGGCCGUCUGGCUCUUUGGCGAUGUCACAAAUCUGUCAGGUGCCCUCGUCACCGGUCUUGCGCCGACCGCUACCGUGCUGGCCGCAUACUUUUGCGUCUCCGACUUGAUCCUCAUCUCGCAGUGCGUGUACUACAACACGAUUAAUGCGCGAGCGGCGCGGCGCCGAGCUCAGUCGAGCGCAACCGACAUCUCCGAAGACGAGCCACUUCUGCGCCGGCAGAGGACCGGCUCCUCGACCACCGCGGUCGCCCUCCCUGGAUCUCAGCGGCGGCGUUCGUCGGGACGCGAGAUCAACCCCAUCAAGCGCGUGAUCACGGGCGAAGACGAGACACCCUCCGGCAGCGCAUGGCUGCACAACACGCUCGGAAUCACAGCAAUCUGGGUCGUCGGCACUGCGGGCUGGUUCUUGUCGUACCGCGCUGGUGCGUUUGACCAGCCAGAGGCCGAUGUCCCGGAAGAUCUGAGCCCUGACACGCCUGUGGCCAUUCUUGGCAUGGUCAUGGGCUAUACAAGUGCUAUUUGCUAUCUCUGUGCUCGGAUCCCACAAAUCAUCAAAAAUUACCGCGAGAAAUCCUGCGAAGGCCUCGCUCUCUUGUUCUUCAUGCUGUCCCUGACUGGCAACCUCACCUACGGGCUAAGCGUCUUCAGCUACUCUCAGGAGCCGCAGUACAUCAUCAAAGCCAUUCCUUGGCUGCUAGGCUCGCUCGGCACGAUUGUCGAAGACUGCAUCAUCUUCUACCAGUUCCGCAUCUACUCGCAAAAGUCCGAGCACGCAAUCGACGAUUCUGAAGAGGCAUCGUAAGGCCAGGAGGGAAUGCAUAGAGGCAUCUUCUGCAGUCAAGGUUGAAGUGGUGGGGAGGGGGCGAGGGGGGCCCGUGCGUAGACAUCGUGCACAUGUGUCGCUGUUGUUUCCCCUGUCCUGGUGGU